GAUGAGACUUAUUAACAUUAGACAGUUUGCGACAAGAGAAGGCACUGCUUUUCCAUAUCCCCAGAUGUCAUGUCCUGGAAAAUGUCCUGGAUUCAUUCCUUGCUCAUUUCUUUCCUGAUAGGAGCCGUUUCAUGUAACAUGCGCCCACAAUUUGCUGCAAACAUGACUGUUGCAACUGUACCCGAAGACAGACUUGUGGGAGAACCAAUAUUCUGGAUUUUUGCAACAGACCCUGACAAUGAUAAACUAAUUUAUGGCAUAGGAGGAAGAGACUCGUAUUACUUUAAAGUUAAUCCAGAUACUGGGGAAGUCCAUCUUGCAAUCUCCUUGGAUUAUGAGAGUAAACCCAGUCUUGAGAUAGACAUCAUUGUUCAAGAUAAGGAGCAAAUACCAUUUCGUCAGCUGAUGACAAUAAUUGUAAAGGAUUGCAAUGAUAAUGACCCGGUAUUCCUAAACACUCCCUAUUUUGCUCAACUCCUAGAGAACAACACAGUGGGGUCCAUUGUCUAUACUGUUGUGGCUGAAGACUAUGAUAACGACAGACUUGUGACCCCAACAUAUAGCAUUGAUGAGGUUAUACCAAAUGAUUUCCAGCAUCUUUUUUAUAUAUUAGCCAAUGGAAGUAUUGUACUCAAUGGCUCCUUAAACUACAACAAUAGGAGCACCUUCUACCGGCUUUUGGUCAAUGCUACGGACAGAGGAGGACCUCUGAGGGAUGAAAUUAUUUACCGCAGCAGUAUAACAUAUGUAUCUCUGGAUAUUGUGGAUUUACCUGACAUGGAUCCACAAUUUAUUAAUGCACCGUACACAGUAUCAAUCUUAGAGAAUACAGCAAUUAAUAAACAUAUCCUGACAGUCUCUGCUGUUGAUGGUGACAAGGGAAUUAAUGAUGAGAUACUGUUUUUUAUUACCCAUUCUUCAGAACCUGGCCUUUUUAACUUAAGUACCACCGGAGAAAUAUAUGUAUCAGGACCAAUUGACCGGGAAGCUUUGGUAGAGAAAGAUGAACAGGUUGUUUUGGAGGUGAUGGCCCAGGAAAGGGAGCUAAACAUUAAAAAUGAAAAUGCAACCAGCACUACAACUGUUACGAUACGCAUCAUAGAUAUAAAUGAUAAUAAACCUCAGUUUUACAACUGUGAGAUCGACAGUUGUGAUUUCACCUCUGCUCUCUCAGACCACUUUACUGGAAUGUUAGAUGAACACUCUGCUGUCCGUGUACCAGUGGCUAAUCUGACCAUCGCUGCCAAUGAUCCUGACAAGGGUCAGCACGGGACCUUUCAUUUAUACCUUCGGGGGGUAGACGCUAACUACUUCUCAGUGUCUCCGGCACGCUUGAUAAACUCUGGGCAAGUGCAGAUUCUGGUCAGAAAUCCAGAAGCUAUUGACUACGAGAAGAUCCACUUAAUGGAAGUGGAGAUUGUAGCCAAUGACACAGGUAAUUUGGAAAACUGCUGCUCCGUUGCCAGUGUGCGCAUCAACAUCUUAGAUAUAAAUGACCACAUACCUACAUUUGCUAAGGCAACUUAUGAACUUGAAGUACAAGAAAACUGCGCCGAUGGCACCACCAUUGCAACAAUUACGGCAACAGAUUUUGACUCUGGGUCUCUGGGACAUAUCACAUACCAGCUGUUGCCAGAAUCUAUACGUGAAAAUUUUUAUGUUGAUCCUACUUCUGGACUAAUAAGCGUGGUCAAUGGGACUUUAUUAGAUCGAGAACGCCGCUCUGUAUACUAUGCAACAUUGCAAGCACAGGAUGGAGGGGAUGCAAAGGGUACCACUCUACUUGAAAUAACUAUACUUGAUAUCAAUGAUGAGACCCCAACAGCAGCCGGGAUAUACAAUAUAUUUACAAAUGAGAACAGUAAUGAUAUCAGCAUCCAGAUUGAGGCAUAUGAUACAGAUGAACCAAACACCAACAACAGCAAAAUUGAGUUCCUCCUCAUCCCUAGUGACCUGAGUGAUAACUUCACCAUUAAUGUCACCACAGGGCUUAUUACAAGUUUAUUUCCUCUAGACCGAGAAGCUAUUAACGAAACACAGAAUGGUCGCAUUGUUCUGACUGUGAAACUAUAUGACCUUGGCGAGCCUUCUCUGUCUUCUAAUGUCAACGUGACCAUCAAUGUUGAGGAUCUAAAUGACAAUGAACCAUUGUUCAGAAAACCAGAAUUUCAUUUUUCUGUCAACGAGAGCACCAAUGGGGCAUUUGUUGGAAGCCUACAAGUUGAAGACCAUGACCAAACUGACCUAAACAAUAGAGUUAGUUUCCGUAUCUCACAGGGCGGAUCAGGGAACUUUAUUAUCCGUGCACAGAGUGAAGGCAAAGGUGUUUUCACAGGAGACCUUUCUAUAGAUCCUGAAGUGAAACUUGAUUAUGAACAACAAAAAAGCUUUACUCUGAUCAUUGAAGCUCAGGACAAUGGGGCUCAGGGAGUCAGUUAUACUGCAACUGCUACUGCCAUUGUCCAAGUGUUGGAUCUCAAUGACGAGCCUCCAUAUAUAGACCAGUCAUCUCUAAAAGAUCUCAAUGUUCUUGAGAACAGAACAGUGGGUAUAGAGAGACUCGCCAGUCUGAAUGCGACUGACCCUGACACAGACCAUAAACUGGAGUUCCAGGAGCUGUCUGUGCAGUGUUUAAAAAAUGGAGUUGACGUUGGCAGCAUUUGCCAUGACUGGCUAUGGUUGGCACCAACUGGGGAGCUUUACGUAAACCGCUCUGAAGAUGUGGACUAUGAGCUCUGUGAUCUGGUGGUGAUAUUAUUACGUGUAGAAGACAAAAUGACAUUGCUGGGAGAGAGAUACAGCGCAAAUGUUACCCAGCGAGUGGUGAUUCAAGAUGUUAAUGAUCAUAUACCAGAGUUCUUAGAGAUUGAUGAAACAUUCGUGGUUGUGCCCGAAGCUGCUCCAUUUGAUUACCAAGUAGCUCUAGUUAAGGCACGAGAUAAGGACAUGGGAGUGAACGCAGAAAUCAUUUUUUCAAUUGCUUCUGUGAUUUUCAUCUUCUCCAGUGGAGGAACCACAUCAUUGUCCAACAUCUUCAAUAUUGUCCCUUCUUUAGAGAAGGACUACUACCAGGGUAGUAUAAGGGUUGCCACUUCCCUGGAUGUGAAUUUGAAGGGUCAGUACCAAGUCACUGUCAAUGCAAUGGACAGAGGAGAUCCACCACUUAAUGCUACUCGCUCAAUAAAUAUUUUUGCCGUUGACACAUCCUACCGGGUCAGCCUGACGUUCUCAAAAUCUUCGGAUUAUGUGCGGGAAAAUUCAGAAGAGAUCCAGAAGUGGCUUGCUGUGGCAACAGGUGCAACUGUGUAUAUAUCUGAUAUCAAAGAGGCUUCUUCAAAAAGUAUCUCCUCUCGAGCUGAUCCUGAAACAAUAUUGUACGUGUACUUUGUGUAUAGUAACGGCACUGCUAUCACACCAGAGGCAUUGGACCGGAUCAUUCGUGGAAAUUCGGUAGCAUUAUCUGAGCUUCUGCAGCUGGGGCUAAAAGUCAUUGGUAGCCCUAACGAUCCAGGAGAUAAUAAAGAAAAUGAAAUGUUGUAUGGAGUUAUUGCAGGUCUGACUGGUGCCCUGGUCCUUGUUCUUAUCAUUAUGGUUACAGCUCUGGUCUGCAUUAGAAAAAGCAACAAGAGAAAGCUACGCGCAAUCAAAGCCUCAAAGAUAGCAAAGGCGUUGCCUGGGGAAGUUGUGCAAGGAGCAGAGGUCAUACCUGGGACCAAUAAGUUCAAUUCUGACAGAGCUAACCCUAUAUUGAAUGUGGAUCUGGGUCCUAUUGUGGAUCUAGGAUUUGAUGAAACCACUUCCGUGAGUGACAGCGUAAGUGUGGACUCCCUUUACAAACAUAUACUUGACAAGGACCACAAUAAUUCUUCCACGCUCCAGGAAAACAGGGAGAUGGGCGCCGAAACUGAAGCUUCAAAUGAUGAAAGAGAUGAACCCCUGGCCAUCGCUCUUAAUGACAGAGUGAAAAAUUCAUACAGCAAUGCAGCUCUUGAUACCACAGACUUAUAAUGUAUAAAGUGGAUUCACAAUCUGCACAGAGUAUCAUUUUUAAAUAUAUGUAUAUAAAUGGCUAUUGCUUCAUGUUUUUCGUUGUCCAAUGACAUAACACUUAUAAUUUAUAUGGAAAUUUGAACUUUAUGAUUUGGGCAGAUGAUAGGGUCAUUUGAUCUGUCAUGAUAUACCUUCCAAGACUGCAGAUUUUCAUGCACUGCCCCAAUUGUGUGGGCAGGAGUAUCAUGAUCAUUCUGAUCUCCCCUGACUGGCACAGGGAGCUUUAACAUCAAUGGAGACAGACAUCCAAUUAAGCUUUUUUGGCCUCCUUAAGCUUAGCUGUGCGAGGAGGCACCUUGAGUACCACAACCAAUUUCAGAGGCUGGUCCCACUUUGCCCACACAACACAGGUGUCCCAAUCUGGCCACGUGAAAUGGGAGCAUGUUCACAUACUAUUUUCACACUGUGAUUUUUUGAAUGAUGUUUUCAAUAUGGAUGCAAACAAUACAAUGAUUUGUGUUAUAACUUAAACAAGAUUGUGCUUGUUCAUUAUUGUAAGUUACAUGAAAAUCAUAUGAUAUUUUUAGACAAAUUUAUACAUAAAUGCUGGCAAUUC